AAACACUGCACGUCACCUUUACUUAUGAUCCAUGAUUUUUCUUCAAUCUUUUAAUGAAAGUUGGUUGGAUGCAUUGAGAAAUUGGGUUCAGUGGCAUUAAAAGUAUAAAAAUAUUGCAGCUGUCUAUUGCCAUUUGGUCAGCCUUACUUGAGAUUACCCAAAUAUUUCACUAUCAAGUUGCAGGAGCUGCCCACAGCAAGACUUUUAAAAAGGAGGAGGCUGGAUGCCGCCCACUUAUUACAUGAGCAAAUAAUUGCUCAAUCAGGAAAUACAGCAGAAACCCAGGAAAACGCACAGGUUGACGCAGAUUCAAGAAUAGCAGAACUGCUGAAAUGUUUGGAAAAAAAAGAAACUGAAAACAAAAGAUUGAAAAAAGAGCUUCGGGAGGCAGCAGCGCUAAAUCGAAGGCUUACAAGUGCCCUUCUCGACAAAAUUGAGGUAGCCCGAGCCACAGGAGAAAGACUUGGAGCACAAGUCAUUGCAGAAUAUAUUAUGCCCUGCUCUGUGGAUGCAGGUACUGGGCUGCCUCAAGAGAUGGUGCCUGAACCAGCACAUGAUGCAGGCAUUGAUGCUGAUGCUGCUCAUUUCCACCCAGACUACAGCAAUGAGCAAGAUUUGGCUGCAUCUGGUGGCAAUGAUGAUGCUCCCUUGGCAGGUGGCCCCAUCAGUGGAGAAUGCUCUGCAUCUAAUGGCAUUGAUAAUGCUCCCUUGCCAGCUGACCCUAUCAGGGGAGAUUGCUCUUCAUCCACUGGCGUUGCUGCUCCCUUGGCUGGUGGCCCCAACGGGGAAAAUUUUUCUGCAUCCAUGGAGAGACAGCCUGCAGCUGCAGUGUUUACCCCAUGGGUAAACAGCGCAAGUCAACCACCAGCAGGCUUGUUUGAAGUCACGAAUGGCCGGGUAAAAGUUGGGGAAGGCAUGUUCAUGCCCCUCGACAAGUGGACAUUUAUAAUGAAGAACGUGUCCGAUGGCAAGUGUUGUUUGGAACUUGCGAAACAUUUUUGGGCACCCACUGAGGCUGCCACACGCAGCCUAACAGGCCAGGCUUGCCGCAGCAUGGCCACUGAGGUUAAGAAGCUUCCGGCGACACCAGAAAAGGUGGAAAUGGUGAAGAACUGCCUGGCAAAGUACAUCGACUUGCACCCAGCGCUACAGCCACCUAGGGACCAUCGCGUCGCAGCAGUAAGAAAAUACUUGAGGACUUUUUUUACUGAGGCUGCAUGCCAAGGAAAGAGGGCAGAUGGCUCGCAGCGGGUGGUCUGCUGGCAGCAUGGAGCUGACUGCCUGCAUGGUCAGGAGGAGGUUGGCCACCAGCUGAUCCACCGUGGUCUCUGCCCCUCCUCGCCCGCCACCACCACGAGCCCUUCCGAGAGCUCCCCCUCUCAGCCGUCUAGCGAAAGCUCUCCCAACAGCCAAGACACUCAAUCCACCACCUCCUCUCCGGCGCGCACCCGUUCCCCCUCCCCGGCGGAACAUGAGACUGCCGACCUACAGGAGAAGGUGAAACCUGCAGGGCAACAACCCCCGACAGGCCACGUGGACUCCCAAUGUCUAGAGAGAGAGGAGCCUGACGAGCAACAUCCCUCGCCCAAGCGCUCAAAGGGAAAGAAACCUGACCGCCAACACCCUCCCCCGGCGGGGAAAGCCCGCGCCAGCUGCGUGCUCGGCCCUCUUGCCCCCCUCGUCGAAGAUGCCUUCCCCCCUCUGCCCCCCCAGGCAAGCCGCCCCUUCCCCUCCAGCCCCAAUGUGCGGCUAACGCCUCGGAAGCCAAGCGACCUCAGGCAGAGAGGAGGAAUGCAAACCGGGAGAACCGGCUCGACUCUUGAAGGGUCGACACGUUUCUCUCUGCUCCUGGGUCGUCAAGGUUAA